AUUUUAGCAAAAAUUGCAGAGCUCUUUUCGCUCUGCUGAAGUCGUGUCUAAGGCUUAGUCCUGUUUCGCAGGACACGCACGUGUUGUUGGCUUUCUCUUAGUUGCUCUCUUUGCGCAGCGGCGCAGCUUGAGGUCUCCCUUUCUCUGAUUCUCUCGGCACAUUCGUUUCUCUCAGUGUCGCUCUCCAGUGUAAAACGGCUUGUUCUUCCACGCAGUUUUGACACUUGUGACAUUUUUGACACACAAAUCAAUUGUUACGUGAAUUUUCAGCGCUGCAGCAGCACAGGCAGCAGCGCACAGCGACAUCGGGUAAACGCUCAUAAAAUCGGUCGCCUCUCCGCUUAGAAAACCACAAUGAUCAAAGACUGUUUAAUUGAUAUAUCAACUGACACAAAUAAAUAAAAUAAAGUGCUUAAAUCAAUCGCAAUUGCAAAGUGUUCAAAAUUCUUAAGCCUAACACCAAAAUUUGCCAAUAUAACCGCAAAAGACAUUGAAUAAUUGGCUUUAAAAUCGAUUCUACGAAAUCGCAUUUUAAAUGUUCGACUGGAUUAAAUUUAACAAAGAAGCGUAGACGAAAUACGAAUGCAAAUUAGAUGCAAAAUAAAUGGGUAAAAUGAGGUCAAGUAAAUACGAUGUUACCACAGCUUACGGUCUAUGCCAAGAUUAUUUACCUCCUGAUGGUGGUGAUUUCAGGUGCAUUAUGUACAGUAGAAGAUUACGUAAUAAUGUCACAGUGUGCACACAACAAAGCCAUACACCUAGCUGCGGAAGGAACAGUCUCAGUGACAGACACUUCACAGAUACAAAAUAUAACGAUAGUCGGCUUCCCGGAUUAUCUGAACAACGAAUUCAAAAUAGCACUGUACGCAAAAGAAACUCAAAGAUAUUUGUGUUUCAACGACAAUUGGAGAUUAGUUGGCAUGAGGGAGCUGCGAGAUACCUGCUAUUUCAACGAGACCAUCGUGCACGGAUAUUUCGUAUUCCGUUCCGUUGUCGAUCUGCAGCGACGUGUCGGGUUCACGCACCGAGGUAAGCCUGUGGGGCCCAAGAAGAGCGUCAACGAUGCCUGCUACAUGUUCAACAAGAUCGAGGCCGAGCAGUUUUUCCGCCAUCACCACAACAAUGGCAACAGUGGCAACAACAAUGGCAAUGGCAGUGGCAAUGGCAAUGGCAGCAACAACAGUCGCAAGCCCCCGCGCAACAACAAAAACAAUCGCCACAAAUCGAAUAACCAAAAUCAAAAGUUGCAACAGCAACAGGAGCAUCAUGGCCAUAAUAAUAAUAAUAAUAACGUUAUUCUUAAUAAUAGUAAUACUAGUUUAAGUAGCACUAACAAAAAGCAAUUAGCGAUAAACAGGCAGAGGCAGCAACAGCAGCAACAUCAGGUGCGACAUCAUCACAAUGAUCCAUCGCUGCUGCUGCGACGACAGCAACACGAGAAGAAGCAGAAGCGGCGCAAGCAACAGAAGCAGCAGCAGCAACACCAACAACGAGUAUCAGCUAGUCCAACGAAUCCGAUGCCUGCAACACCCACAGCAGCACCAGCAGCAACAGCAACCGUUGCAGCCACAUCCCCGGCAACAGCAACACGAUCGACAACAGCAGCAUUGAGCAGCAAGCGCAAGGGCCGACGAAGAAAGGCCAAGGUCAGGCCAAAAGCGCAACAGCAACAACAGUUGCAGCUACUUGCCACAGCAGCAACAUCACCCUAUACCGACGACACCCUGUACGGCAGCAGCAGUAGCAGCAGCAGCACGGGUUUCGAAGAUUUGGACAUUUACAAUAGCAGCAGCAGCGGCAGCAGCUCCAGCUUGGAGCCCUGGUCCACUUGGUCCACGAUCGAUAGCUUUAGCGGCAGCAGCACAACAGCAACAUCUGACGACAGUAUUAGCAGCAGCAGCAGCACCUACGACGCCUGGGCCACCUACAUCACCGAAAUGGAGGCCGAGGCAUCGGCCAUGACGCCCGAGAUGGGCGGCAACGACACCGAGUUGCUGCAGUACGAGGCCGAGUUGGUGGACGAUCCGGAGGCGGAGUCCACGGCGACAAUUGAAACCAAAGCAACAUCAGCAACAUCAGCAACAUCAGCAAUAGCGGCAACGGCGGCCACAACUACCUCGACAGCGGGCUCCCAGCUGGUGAUAGAGCAGACGCCGCUGGCCAGGAGCAACAUCAGCAACAAGAGCAGCAGCAGCACCACGAAAGCAACACCAACGGCAACGAGUCAGACUGAAACAGCACAGAGCACGCAACAGCCAAGCAGGCAUCGCAGCAACAGCAGGGAAGAUCACCGGGAUAAUUCCGACAUGUUGCUGGCGGGCGAGAACGAAGUGAAGCCACUACAGCCACGCAAGUUGCUGUGGACAGUGCAACCACCGCUCGCAACACGUGGCAGCACGCUAGCAACAUUGGUGGCAACACCAGAGCAGCAACACACCAGCACGACAACAACAGCGAACACGACACCCGAGCAACAUGUUGCACCUUCACUCUUCAGCGUGGACAAGAACAUCAAUAGCAACCUGAACAACACGCUAACUGAGGCUUCUCCCACGGCAGCAUCAACAUCCAGCAUCACGGCCGCAACAACUAUGAAGAGACCCAUCCGGAAGUUUACCAAGAAGCUAAUGGCCACGCCCUACCACCAGCUGACCUAUGUGCGCAAUGCGGGCGGAGAUAUCGACAUCGAUAACCUGGACAACAUCAGCGUUUAUCCUGUUCUCUACAAUGGCGACCUGGAGGGGAAUGGCGGCGGCAACAGCUCCGACGGCGGCUUCAGCGGGUUCCUGCCCACCUCGACCACCUCACAUCUCACGGAACCAAUUCGCAUCGGCAUGAACAGGAUAAGGCCGAAUAAGACACUGCAUUGGUUCACUCACCAGAGAUUUGCGUAGUAGUCAGGGAUUGGCGCACUUUGGCUAUUAGAUCUUUAUAAGGAGUACUGUUCGAAUUUGCACUUUCACAGGCAAAAACAUUUAAUAGUGAAAAAAUUGAAUAAAUAGGUCAAAACAUAAUAAUCUCAAGUGAAAAUCAAUUGCAUACAAUCAGUUUCUAUGGGAUAAUACGAUAUUUUCCAAAUUGAAAUCUUUUAGAUGCAUUUUAAAGCUCGUAAUCCUGUGAAAGUGAAAUCCAGAACAGAUCCUUUUUAGAGAGGCAUACCUAUACUCAGCACUCAGUUUUCAAGAGAAUUUAGGCAAAACCGAGACAAGAAACCAAGAACAACAAUUGUAUGGAUAAAUAUUUCAAAUUACUAAUGAACUGAUACAUAUAUAUAUAAACAUAUAUAGAACUCGAUAUACAAAGGAGUUGCUUACUGUUCAGUACCUCGACUCAGACAGGACUUUGCACUUGCACCACGCCUAAAAGCACACUACAUAAGCGAAACCGGAAGCGGAAGCAGGCGUGGAGCCGAUAACGAUAACUCAGGCCGCACUUCAUCCAGUAGCGAGACAGUGAAGACUCCACCAACUGCACUCGGGAGGCCGCAGGCAACGAACUCGCAGAACUGCUACAUAGUUAUAAAUGAAAAGACAAUAAGAUUUUUAUUUACGAGUAUGUGCUAUAUAAACUAUCAAAUUCAUGAACCGAAGCGAUAGCGAUAAUCGAAAAACAAAAUGCUAAAAUUGUUGAAAUGGAAAUUAUGAAAGCGCGACAUUCAAGUGCAAGCAAAUAAACGUUUCGAAUGCACUGAAAAAAGCGUAGUGAACUUUUGAUUUACUAAAUCAAUUAAAUAUAUUAGCAAUGAGAAUUAAUAAAUACAAAUGCAAACAAAAAUCGAUAUAUAUUAUAUACAUAUAUGCAUAUAUUUUCAAAAUUUUAUAACGAACCAAAAACCAAUUAGCAAACAAAUUUAACACGGUGAACGGAACACGAAUGAAGAAGUUUUUUAAAUUCAUACGCAAGCAGAACUAAGAGUCGGUAACGAUAACGAUAACAAAUUCGCACAGCAAAACACUUCCAAAAAUGAAAGGUUAAAACUAAAUAUUAAACAAUUUUACUAGGCACAAGCGAACGAAAUUGGGUUAGAAGAACAAAAAAGGAAAACUCCAUUCAAAAUAAACCGAAUUUUUUAAGCAAAUACAAAAAUUGUUGUAAUGGUCAGCAUGGAAAUUGAUUUUAGGACACAGUUUGUGGCCGAUAUCCAAUUCGAGGGAGGAUGGAAACAAAUUUUGAAUAAUGGAAAAUUUUAAAGAACUACUAACGUAUGUAUCCAGAUAUGUACUGCAACCAAACACCAAAAUUCACACUGAAUAAGCAAACGUUAUAUUUAUUAAUUGAGCAAAACUAAAAACUAAAUCUACGAAUUGAAUCAAAAUACAGCAAAAAGAAACCAACUGCUGCUUUUCUACAUACGAGUAUAUAUAAAUAUAUAUAUAUACAUAUAUAGACACAUAUAGGCAUAUGUGGACGACAUGGAAAAAGAUAACGCAAAAAUUGUUUCUCAUAUAUUUAUAUUAAUAUUUAAAAUAAAUAGUUCAAACAUAUUAGCAAACCAAAUACGCGAAAUUAAAACAAUUUGAGGGAAAAUGCGAAGGCACAGAAACAGAAAACUGAAGCGUCAAGUUUAUAUGUAGAGAUAUGUAUGAAUGUAAAUUUAAAGUGAACAAAGAAAACCCAAACAAAAUGAAGUUAAAGCAAGAUGCUUAGGUGAAAAUUUAAUUAGUGUGUACUUAAGACAAGAAACCAUUUAACAAUUGAACGAUUAAUUAUUAACUUAACUAGGCAUUGAAGCAGCACUCAACUAAAUAAAACCGAUACGAAACCGAAACCGAAACGAAGCCGAAAAACACACAACUCGAAUUGAACUACUGUACUUAUUCGUAUGCGCGUUGCUGUAAUAUAAACGAAAUUCUUAUGUUGAAUCGACGUCGAAUGGGUAAACUCGAUGAAUCGAUGACUAUAUCUACCACAGCAGAAAUUAUUUAUUUAACAGUAUAUCGGAAUAAUCGAAUCGAGUCUAUUGGACUGGAGCGGGGACCGAUUGUCAUAUGUCAUUUGUAAAUUCAUUUGCACUUUUCUUUCUACUAAUUACGUUUAAUUAAUGGAUUAAUCAUACGCCUAAGUUAACACUAAGUUAACACUCAUCAUUGUACAUUGUAAUAUGUUUCAUUCCUAAGCCGAGCAUUAAAUGUAAUUAUUUAUGUAUAAAAGCAAAAUGAUUCUUUCGCCCAUGUAUAACACUUGCGCCCACUUCUCUAUCUCCGAGUCUGUCCCCCCAUCCUUCCUAUCUCUUUUAAUCUCUAUCUUAUAUAUACGAAUAUAUAAACGACUAUUUAAUUGCAUUUCUUUGUAUUAAAACGAGUAACAACACACUAGAAAUUGAAUAAAAAGCCUCAACAAAAUAUUCAACACUUUUCAUUUCUCUUGUAUGUAAGAUUGCUUCAUUUUCAACUUUUUAAAUAAAUGCUCAGUUGUUUCUUUUUUGUUCGUUAACGAAUGUGUGCAGAGAAAUCGUAUAAAUAAAAAAUAUAUAUAAAUUCAA